CCAAGUGCAAUCACAUAUACCUUUUAAAGGAAUUGAGAGCCAUGAAGGUCCUCAUCCUUGCCUGCCUGGUGGCUCUGGCCCUUGCAAGAGAGGAAGAACUCAAUGUAUCCGGUGAGAUUGUGGAAAGCAUUUCAAGCAGUGAGGAAUCUAUUACACACAUCACUAAGAAAAUUGAGAAGUUGCAAAGUGAGGGACAGCAGCAAACAGAGGAUGAACUCCAGGAUAAAAUCCACCCCUUUGCCCAGACACAGUCUCUAGUCUAUCCCUUUGCUGGGCCCAUCCCUUACAGCCUCCCACAAAACUUCCUGCCUCUUCCUCAAACCCCUGUGGGGGUGCCGCCUUUCCUUCAGCCCGAAAUAAUGGGAGUCUCCGAAGUGAAGGAGACUAUGGUUCCUAAGCACGAAGAAAUGCCCUUCCCUAAAUAUCCAGUUGAGCCCUUUGCUGAAGGCCAGAGCCUGACCCUCACUGAUGUUGAAAACCUGCACCUUCCUCUGCCUCUGCUGCAGUCUUGGAUGCACCAGACUCCCCAGCCUCUUCCUCCAACCGUCAUGUUUCCUCCUCAGUCCGUGCUGUCCCUUUCUCAGCCCAAAGUUCUGUCUGUUCCCCAGAAAGCAGUGCCCUAUCCCCAGAGAGAGAUGCCCAUCCAGGCCUUGCUGCUGUACCAGGAGCCUGUACCUGGUCCUGUCCGGGGACCCUUCCCUAUUAUUGUCUAAGAGGAUUUCAAAGUGAAUGCCCC